GUCAAAAGAAUUUCCCCAGUCUCACAAUACGGCGGGGGGCUGCGGCUUAGUGUCCUCCCCCCUCCCUGAAAAGCACUGCACCGUCUAAAGACUGGAAGUUAGGCCUGGGUGCAAACGGGAUCACCCUUCUUCAAGUUCCUCUUCCUCGGUUGUCUGUCGGCACCCCGGCCCAGUGGAAUUUCGGUGGCGGUGUCUCCGGUGUAGAAGGUGGCCCGGGGAGCGGCGGCGGAGACGAAGAUGCUGAGAUAGUGGUGUGCGGCUGCCCCUGUUGUGGUUGACCAUUCAGUUCAGACCGGGCAGUAUACGAAUGGCCCAGGCAAACCAGCAGAUUGACACCCAGGUUUUGCACGACCUGCGCCUGAAGUUUCCCGAAGUCCCAGAUAGCGUCGUGUCCCAGUGUGUUUUACAGAACAACAACAAUUUGGACGCCUGUUGUGAGUACCUGUCUCAGGUUAGUCCGGGGUUCUUGUACGGCGAAGAGAACCUCAGCUUCUCUGACGAGCCCGGCUUGUCACGCCUGCGGAAUCACAUGACCCAGCUGAACUUGGGCCAGCAGUCUCAGAAUGCCCAUGGUGCUUUGCAGCGUGACAGCGCGAGGAUGAACGGCAGCAGGACCCUGUCUCAUAGCUUGAGUGACGGGCCUAUGAACGCCCCUCAACACAGCGACUUCUACCAGUCUGAACCCCAGUCUGCUCCCGCCAACGUGGCCGCCAGCCUCAAUGUGUUUGGCGUGAUGGAGCCCACCCGAAAACCCCAGCCGCCCCAGCACCUGGGGCUCUACCAGCUAGGGGGCAAAGGUCACCAUGCCCAGACCCCCCGAUUUAACCCCAUCACGGUCACCCUGGCACCCAACAUCCAGACGGGCCGUAACACGCCGACCUCCCUCCACAUCCACGGCGGGCCUCAAUCAGGUUUGAACAGUCCCAACUCCAUCUACAUACGACCUUACGUUUCCCAGUCGGGCUCCACACGCCAGUCACAGCAAUCCCAGCAGUCCCAGCAGCUACAACAGUCGGGCCGUGCCCAGUACAGCCCCACAUCCCAGCCCACGCAGCAGAUUUACCAGAUCUCCCACCAGACAAGCCACGCGUCCCAGCCCCAGGGCCACCAGACCUCCCAUGUCUACAUGCCCAUCAGCUCACCCACCAACCCCCAACCGCCGUCGGUCAUCGGAUCCGCCCAGGUCUCGUCCUCCUCCACCUCAUCUUCCUCGUCUUCGUCAGGGCCCAUGUCCUCCUACAGUCAGUACAACAUACAGAACAUCUCCACGGGUCCGCGCAAGAACCAGAUCGAGAUUAAGCUGGAAUCCCCUCAGAGGGGGGGCCCGGCUGGAGCCACGGCACUGAUCCGGCCCGGGACGGCACCGCGUUCUUCCUCCUGCACCUCUGCCUCUUCUUCCUGCCCUUCGUCUUCUUUAUCUUCCUCUAUGGCAGCUCUGGGUGGCCCGUCCACCCCACUUUCGAUUGGUGGUCCUGGCCUGAGUCGUAGUCAACCCACCGUCUACAUCUCGGCCAGCCCACCUUCUGCCGCCACCAUCACUCCGUCGGACGAGAGCGCCGCCCUCCCUCCGUCCUCUCGUUCGCAGCCCAAGUUUUACAUCUCCGCCAAUGCGUCCGGAGAUGAUGGGAGCGGGAGGAACCCGCCCACCGUUUACAUCUCAGCCAAUCCACAACACCAGGGAUCAGCUGGGGCCCGGGGCCAAGUCAGCAUGGGCCCUGCCUACAUCCACCAUCACCCGCCCAAAUCUCGCGCCUCCGUCGGCGGGGCCGGCGGAGGGGGGACGGCCACCUCCCCACGCGUGGUGGUGACGCAGCCCAACACCAAAUACACUUUCAAAAUCACGGUGUCCCCAAACAAACCCCCCGCUGUAUCGCCCGGCGUGGUCUCGCCCACCUUCGAACCCACCAACCUCCUCGGACUGCCUGCAGAGCACCAUUUUGCGGAACCAGACCCGCAUCACUUGUCAGACCCGCUUUCCCCUCACCGAGAGAGGCCCAGCGAAGCGCGACGACUCAGCAUGGGCGCAGAUGACGCCGCCUACACACAAGCUCUGCUGGUCCAUCAGAAGGCCCGUAUGGAGCGUCUAUGGCGUGAGCUAGAGCAGAAGAAGCAGAAGCUGGAGAAACUAAAAGAGGAAGUGAAUGAAAUGGAGAAUGACCUGACACGCAGACGCAUGCAGAGAUCCAACUCCGUGGCCCAGAUCCCCUCUAUUGAGGAAAUGCAGCAGCUGAGGUGUAAAAACAGAUUACUGCAGAUCGACAUUGACUGCUUAACCAAAGAGAUUGAUCUCCUUCAAACACGAGGACCACACUUCAAUCCUAGUGCCAUUCAUAACUUCUAUGACAACCUUGGAUUCCUAGGUCCUGUCCCGCCCAAGCCACCUAAAGGCCCAGAACACACUGGUUCUUUAGACAGGAGAAGACGAAAGAUUAACGUCAGCUCUAAACUAAAGAGAGACCCCUCUCUACCUGUGCCUCCUACUCUACCCAUGGAGGGAAGCGGGAAGAGGGCAGAGCAAGAGGAGGACGAGGGUACUCAGUGGAACUGUACAGCCUGCACCUUCCUCAACCACCCGGCCCUAAACCGCUGUGAACAAUGCGAUUUCCCCCGUCGUUUCUGAGCCCGGGUACCUGCCCCCACCGCCUCCCCCAGUGCUCACCUCCCUCACCAGACACGCAUCUGCUUUUCUUUUCACAGGAGACACUCAUGGACAGGGUGGUUUUUUUAGUAUUUUUCUGUCUUUCUUUCAAGCCC